CCGGGGGGAAUGGCAGCCCGCAGCCGGUGUAGCAUCCUCAGGAAGCGCAGGGUUUGGAGCUGUCAGCUGCUGCAACGUCCCGCUGACGUUCGCCCUCCGCGCUGGGUCUUGUAGUUAUCUCUGCUGCCAGUUGUACUAGUUCCUGGGACUUUCUCCACAAUCUUAAAAGGAGGUCGGAGCUUGUAACUUUUGAGCACAGGAGCCCAGUGACAAGGGUGCCUUGCUCUUGCAAACAGGGUUAAGUCAACGCAGAAAGGGCUUGUUCAGCUUGUGCAGCUCCUUUCUAGGAUCCUAGUGACAAAACUGCGUGGUGGUCUUGUUUCUGUCAGAACCAGUUCUCAUUUCUAUCUUGUAGGAAGGUACAUUGUAGUAAUAUGUGUGUGCCAGAGCCUGCCACAGACUACAUUAACUGCCUUCUGUCACUGUCUUUUAUUUUUUUCCCUAAUUGGUUGAUCUUUUAACUGCAUGCCUUUUGCUGCCACGGGUUUGGUGUACUGUGGUGCUAUCUCCUGCUCUAAAGUCUCCUGAAAACUUAAUUUGCUUCACUUGUAAUUAUGUGAUCCAGAAGUCAGCAUAGCUGGUGUUUACUCCUACACCUUCUGUCAUCCCUUCUCUUCAUGCUUCCAACUUAAGUUGUGCCAGAGUCCUGGACUUUCUUGCCCUCUAUGCACAGGGAAAAGGGAAGAGGAAUUCUCUGUGGAUAUGGAAACUUUUUUUUUUGUUAACAGAUAUUUUACAAUGUGGUACUGUAUUAAAGGAAAUGCUAUGAAGAUGUUUUGUAAGAUAGUAAAGAAUGGAAAUCAAGUAUCUAUUGAUUGUGCCUUAAUGAGCUGGACAAGAUUUUUAUACAGGAUGCCAAUAUUGAUCUAUGCUUUGUCUUGGAUGUGACUGCUGUGGAAGAGGGCCAUGGAAGAUGCCAAAGACUGCAUCACUGAUUCUUGACAGCCAGGAACCUGACCAAAACUCCAGCAAAGAGAGAAGAGUGCUUUUCUCUCACAGACUCACAUUUGUUGUGUCAGUCUGUCUUCCAUUCCUAGAAAUCUGUGGGUGCUGUGGAGGUGGUAGGAAACCUGAGGUUGCUAGACCCGCAUGGCUCCUACUGAUAACUGCUCAGUGCCCAACAAAGUGGAAAGAACAAAAGUGAACAGCCUUUGACUUUGUGAAAACCUCUGAAAAGCAAACAUUCAUAGUGCAGGCAUGGAGCGGUUGCUCAGAGGUGAAAAGCAAAAAAAAACAACAGAGGAGCCCAUGGAGGGCUUUUCAUUGACCAAGGAGAUGGCAGAGAACAGGCUCUCUCCAUCCAGGAAGCUAAAGAGAUCUUUAAAACAGCACAUCAAGUCUUGUAAUGACCAAGGAAACUGCACAACUGUCUGGGGCUGCGACUGCAGAAAGAGUUGUCAGAAACGCUGAGUGGCGUUGGAAGGCGUGAUCCAUGAAAGCUGCUAUUUUAUCUGCACAUACUUCUCUUGAUGUCCUGCUAUGUCGUAUGAGCUGUAAGCUUCAUCAGCCCUGGAGUAAACUUUGGAAGCAGUCUGCCACAGGAACACCCUUCAGGAGCACUUUUGCAUGGCAGUGAAAGCAGCAGUGUGGGAGAAUAGUGUUGUGAGCUGAUGUGAGUGAGCCUGUGCUGUUUGAGUGCCAGCCCUCCUGCCUGGCAACCUGAGGAAAGGGUACAAUGAGCUGCUGAGUGCCUUGGUAGUUGUUCCAACACCCCACCUGCUCACACUGCUGAAGCACUUGGACUCAGAAAAACAAAGCUGGUGAUGAGGCUUGAAGAAACUGAACUGGUGAUGGUGAGUCCAACUUCAGAGCAAUAUGACAGUUUGCUCCAACAGAUGUCAGAAAGGAUUGAUGAGGGAUGUGGGGAGACCAUCUAUGUCAUUGGACAAGGAUCAGAUGGGACUGAGUACGGGCUGAGCGAGGCAGACAUGGAGGCGUCCUAUGCCACGUUGAAGAGCAUGGCAGAGCAGAUUGAGGCAGACGUGAUCCUCCUGAGGGAGCACCAGGAGGCCGGGGGCAAGGUGCGCGACUACCUCGUUCGGAAACGUGUGGGUGACAACGACUUCCUGGAGGUCAGGGUAGCAGUGGUUGGCAAUGUGGACGCAGGGAAGAGCACCUUGCUGGGUGUCUUGACUCACGGCGAGUUAGACAAUGGCCGGGGCUUUGCUCGGCAAAAGCUCUUCCGCCACAAGCACGAGAUUGAGUCAGGCCGCACCAGCAGUGUGGGCAAUGACAUUCUGGGUUUCGAUAGCGAGGGCAACGUGGUGAACAAACCUGACAGCCACGGUGGCAGCUUGGAAUGGACAAAGAUCUGUGAGAAAUCCACCAAGGUCAUUACUUUCAUUGACCUGGCUGGUCAUGAAAAAUACCUGAAAACCACCGUCUUUGGCAUGACCGGCCACUUGCCUGACUUCUGCAUGCUUAUGGUUGGGAGUAAUGCUGGGAUUGUUGGAAUGACCAAGGAGCACUUAGGCCUGGCGCUUGCACUUAACGUUCCUGUCUUUGUUGUGGUGACCAAGAUUGACAUGUGCCCUGCCAACAUCCUGCAAGAAACCCUGAAGCUGUUACAGCGACUGCUGAAGUCCCCAGGGUGCAGGAAGAUUCCCGUGCUGGUUCAGAGCAAGGAUGAUGUCAUUGUAACAGCCUCCAACUUCAGCUCAGAGAGGAUGUGCCCAAUUUUCCAGAUUUCAAAUGUUACUGGGGAGAAUCUAGAUUUGCUGAAGAUGUUUCUUAAUCUCUUGUCUCCACGGACCAGUUACAGGGAAGAAGAACCAGCAGAAUUCCAGAUAGACGAUACUUACUCUGUCCCGGGUGUAGGAACAGUUGUGUCUGGGACGACACUGAGAGGCCUAAUCAAGCUAAAUGACACCCUGCUGCUGGGGCCAGAUCCCCUUGGCAACUUCCUCCCUAUUGCUGUCAAGUCCAUCCACCGCAAGAGGAUGCCUGUCAAGGAGGUGCGGGGAGGCCAGACUGCCUCCUUUGCUUUAAAGAAGAUCAAGCGUUCUUCCAUCCGGAAAGGCAUGGUAAUGGUGUCACCCCGCCUGAAUCCACAAGCAUCAUGGGAGUUUGAAGCAGAGAUCCUGGUGCUCCAUCACCCCACCACCAUCAGCCCACGAUAUCAGGCCAUGGUGCAUUGUGGCAGCAUCCGUCAGACGGCCACGAUUCUCAGCAUGGACAAGGACUGCCUGCGGACAGGGGACAAAGCCACGGUGCACUUCCGCUUCAUCAAAACCCCGGAAUACUUACAUAUAGACCAGCGGCUGGUCUUCCGGGAGGGCCGCACCAAAGCUGUGGGUACCAUCACUAAGCUACUCCAGACCACCAAUAACUCACCAAUGAACUCCAAGCCACAGCAGAUCAAGAUGCAGUCAACGAAGAAGGGAGCUGUUACGAAACGAGAGGAUGGUGUUCCCGCCACUGGGACAGCAGCUGGAGGCCCAGCAGCUGGGGAUGAAGCCCCCUCAACAGCUGCAGCACCACUGACACCUACUGCCCUGCAACCAUUGCCUGCACUGGAUGAAGAGCCCCACAUCCGUGAGGGCAAUAAGGUAUUUGGCUGCACUCAAAGAGAAACAGUGGCUUUGCUGAGGUCGGGUGAGCCUGAGAGACAUGCUAGGGGGUGGGGGGCUCUCCUUCAAUUCUGCACUAUGUCAAGGGAGCCUGAGGCUUUGAUUUCCGGUAUGCUGAACUCCAUGGCACCUGCUGGCUCUCAUGGGAGUGAGAAACUUGGGAAAUCAAAGUCUUCCCAGCUUGAAGGGCAUAACUUCAUGGUGCAUCUGUCUCUCCUCCUUCCCUUAUGAUGCGUCUGUCUCCCUCCUGCCUUAUUUCCUUCCUGCAGUGGUAGAAAGCUGAUCAGUCGCAACUGCCCUGCUGCUCUCUGAAUGUAUGUGUGAUAUAUCUGAAUUCCUGCUGUGUUGAUAUCUCAACUGAGGGGUUGCUUUGCACUAAAGUCGGUCUUGUUUUUCAGUCAAAAGUCGGAGGAGGAGGCCGUCGACGUGGGGGUCAGCGCCAUAAAGUGAAAUCUCAGGGAGCCUGCGUGACUCCUGCCAGUGGCUGCUGAAUUUCUUAUUCCUCCUCUCUCUGAGGAAUUCCUCCCCUUCCCUUCAUUUCUUAUCCAAAAGAUCCAGAGCAGCGUAAACCAAAACCCAUCCCAGCUGAUUGGCUGCAGAAGAAUCGUCCCUCCUCCCUGCAGGAAGCGAUGGCGAGGAGAAUAAUUUAUAAGCUAAUGAAGGUGAUAAGACAGAGAACUGAGUAACUGACACCUUCCUCCUCCCCGUGUCGACACAUUUUUGUACAUCAUGGGCUUAGUUUUUAUUCUUAUUAGUUUUUAUUAUAUUUUGUGUGCAUGAAGAUGAGAGGGGAGUCUGGAUAGAGCUGCAAAGAGCCAGUUAGUUGCCUCCCUCCUCCCUCACCCCUUUCUAUCCACAGGACUUGCUGCUUUCCCCUAUUUGCUGUCUCAGAUCCAGGGGUUAUCAGAUGCCUGAAAUUUCAGACUUGAAAAGGUUAAAAGAGGUUGUUUAGGAUGGCUCCAUGGAGCAUCAUUUCAUCACCACUGUGGCCUUGUGCCAAAUGUUUUAGAUUCCCUCCCUCUUAAACUAUUUCUAAGUGGAUUUAAUUUAAUGUUGUAAUGACUGAAGUUUGAAGGAGAUGGUGAGAAAGUUUCCCCUUAAGAGGGGAACAAAUUAGAAAGCAGUUGUUGAUGUUAAGUUCAGGGAUCCUAUGCUCAAUCUCCUCAAAUAAUAGCACUUAAAAUUUUAACUAGCAAGAGUUAAAUGGACAGACAUUUACCCACCCCAUUUCCCUUCCCAUCGUGCUGCUUUUCCUAGUGUUUGUUCAGUGCACAUUGGAGCAAAUCUAACCUGCCUCUUAAGGCUGCAGCAGCUCCACUGACAGUAUUAAGAACAGUGCAGGAACACUCAGUCCGUCCCUUGAGCCAGAGAAAGCCUUCUCACCUCGACGGACAGAAGUCACAGGUGGCAGGAUACCUUUGGAACAGAGACACCAGGCUACCAUGACCUCCCCUUGAUUUUGUUUACUCCAAGAUUUCCAAAACCUUUUUGGAAAUCACAGGCCAAACUUUACCAUGGCAGAGGUAGGAUUUGUCUUCUCCCUUCUUGGCCAAAGAGGGCAGUGUGACAAAUUGGUACCAAAUUUAUAGAAGUACUUUGAAGGCUGGAAGUACAUGGUAAUUUAUCUGACUUCCAUUGAUUGUUUUUUUAAGAUUUUAUUUUUCUUAAUGAGAAAUUCUGGCUUCUCCAAGAAGGCCCUGCAAGGACAGAUUACAAAUUACUGCUGGAAUGGUUUUUUUAACCAUUAUUGAGUUUUUCAAGAGAUUGAUUUCCCUGCUUAUUUUGAUUUCUUUUCUUCUAACCCUGCCUCCUCGCUUGGCUCCGUUGAGGACAGGAAUUAUCCUCUACCAGCUUGUGGUGAGCUCUGGGAGCGUGGUAGCAUUUUGAGGAGGAGGUGGCAUCCUCAGCAAAUCAUGGCUCUCCCCAGCAGGCGCGGUCAGGCUCAGUUUCUCUGAGGGCUUCCUCCUCCAAUGAAGGACUUCUAUUUUAAUUAGAGACUGCAAAGUUUCUGUCCCUCCUUAGUGGGUUGUUCCUGUUCCUCACUCGGUGUCACCUGUGUGGAGCUCAUUCCAGCUCACCUUGUGACUCGGGGUAGGCUUCCAGGCUGGCUGAGUGGCUGAGCGCAUCUCCCGCUGCCAACACCAGCACUCCAAGAGCAUUAAGCGGCACGGGAGAGGCGAGAAACGUGCUUUGGAGACAAGGGUCUUUUGCCUUAGAGACUGCAGUGGGUGGAAGGGGGAGGUCAGACAGUCCUUUUCCAAGCUAUGUGCCUAAAUACCAGCACUCUCCUGGCGAGGGAGGAACUAUAGGCGGCUACAACACUAAUAGCACCCGCAUUGUGAGGGGGUGUGAGGUGUGGCUAAGCAGGGCGUGAGGGCCUGGCUUGUUUGUCUUCUGGCCCUGUAGCAGCAUCAAACUGCAUCUGAUUUCACUGCCCUCUGCUUCUGAGGGGAGCAGAGAGCUCCAGGCGGUUUUCUCUUUCUCCAUUCCUUGUGCUCCAAAUGAAGGAGACUACCAAGACUGAAAGAAGGUUCACUUCAAUUUGUGCAAAGGAGGUGGUGUGAUCUCUCUUUUGUGACCAGCAUUUACAGAUCACUCAGGCUGGUGUGAUCUAUAAAAUAAAUUUUAAAAAAGUUUGUUCCAAGUAAAA